GUCUGGAGCAAAAAAAAAAACAAACCAAACCAAACCCAGGCAUUUGCUCUCACCUGUCUCCAAAACCAAAGCAAAACCUCGCGGCCAAGCCUGCUGCCAGCGUUGUGGAACAGAAGGCACCAAAGCCAGCGCUUAACCUAAGGGGAAGAAAUCCAGCUUGCAACUUUUCUCGAAGAAAACGAGAAGGCGCGAGGAAGAAAAAGAGCAUUUAAAAAGAGAAAAAAGAAGGGGACAUCGAGGAAGAUUUGAUUUUUGGAUUUGGCACCAAACUUUGGGAAAGUUUAUUAUUAUUAUUAUUAUUAUUAUUACUCCGUGCAUAUUUUUUUCCCCCCGCUAAGAACACUGAGGCGUCGCUACCGGUCUGCAAAAGCUUUUCUCCUUAAACACGCAUGCAUUUAAAAAAGGAAGACGACCGAGAGGAGCAAUAGCAUGCGGACCACCUGGUAGAGGAGCAGCCACCGAGGCACCGCCGGCGGCACGGGGGGACGCGGACCCUUGGAUGCCCGUCACCUGGAGGGGCCGCGGCUUGUCCCCAGCCGCCUUAUGAGAUAGCAAAGCGGCCGAGGAGCCACCGAGACCCUCCUCAGUCCCCUCGCCCCUCUUCGCAGAGCUCCCGCAGCGCCGAGGGGCGAUGGGGACGCGCGGAGCCUGAGGCCGGGCCGCCGCGGGGGGCUGUCAGCUUCCAGCGCUUCCCUGCCUGCCGGGGCUCUCCGUCCAUGUGCCCGCAGCCGGCGGGGCCUGAAGCCGGGAUGAAUUUCGGCGUGCUCUUGGCGUUCGUCCUCUCCCUGCCCCUGGCCCGCCUGGAGGGGGACCCGAUACCCGAAGACAUUUAUGAGAUUUUGGGUGGCAGCUCAGUGCGCUCCAUCAGCGACCUCCAGCGUGCCCUGCGGAUAGACUCCGUAGAGGAGGACAGCUCCAGCCUGGACCUGAAUGCAACUCAUCCCGGUCAAAACCCUGCAUCCCUGGCUCGAGAGAGACGAAGCCUGGAUGCUCUGGCAGCGGCAGAGCCAGCUGUCCUCGCGGAGUGCAAGACGCGGGCGGUGGUCUUCGAAAUCUCCCGCACCAUGGUGGACAGCACCAACGCCAACUUCGUGGUGUGGCCGCCCUGCGUGGAGGUGCAGCGCUGCUCCGGCUGCUGCAACAACCGCAACGUGCAGUGUCGCCCCACGCAGAUCCGCGUCCGGCACGUCCAGGUGAACAAGAUCGAAUUUGUCCAGAAGAAGCCAAAAUUCAAAAAAGUCGUCGUGCCUUUGGAGGAUCACGUGCAGUGCCGGUGUGAAGCGGUGUCCCGCCAGCCCCCCAGGAGCAGCCGGCCAGCGCCACGCGAGCAGAAACGCCUGUCACCGUCGUUCACCACAGCCGCAGUCUCGCAGAGGAAGCGGGUACGCCGGCCGCCAGCACAGAAGAGAAAACACAAGAAGUACAAGCAUGUCAACGAUAAGAAAGUGCUGAAAGAAAUCCUCGUAGCAUAGAAGUGCUGGCAGGGGAGAGAGAGCACAAAGCAGGUUUAUUUAAUAUAUUUGCUGUAUUGCCCCCAUGGGGUCCUUGGAGUGAUAACUUUUCCUCUUGGUCCGUCUGCCUCGACGACUGAUUCAGGCGGCAAAUGGUGCUUCCCUUUCCAUCAGUGGACCUUCUCCCACCAAAGCCUCUCCCUCCUUUCAUUUAUUAACGACAUAAAUUUUUAGAAAAAGAAAAAAGAAAAAAAAAGACAAGCACAGCGCAUAUAUAUAUAAAUAUAUAUAUAUGAGAAAAGAACAAAGUACAAAGCAAACCGUGAUCCCCGACAGCCACGACACGCGACGAGGACAGGACAAUGCCUCCCCUGCUCCAGAGGACGGGAUGGAAAAUGUGAAAAGGAAAGUGGGUCCAAUUUCUUCCGAGGGGAGGAGAAAAACAAACGGGCGGAGGGAGGCAGGGGCAUAUUCCUCCUUCUCCUUGUGUUUCUGGUAAGGCUGGGGGGCCCGGCGGAGAUCCACACUUGCACUGGACCUACGUUUUGCAAGCAGGCAUAUCUCAAACUGCGAGCGGCGGCCGACGAUGGAAAAUGCACUAAGGACUUUUAUUGCCCUACCUGGACAGAUAUAUAUUUUUAACGUGCGUGCGUAUAUUUUAUUUUAAAAAAGAAAAAAGAAAAACCAAAACCACUAAAAUACACAACAUCUCGGGGAACAGAA